GGAGGAAGAGGAGCGGGAGCCAACAUGGCGAAAACCGAGCAGGUCUUGUGCCUGGAGCCGCAGCACGAGCUCAAAUUCAAAGGUCCCUUCACAGAUGUUGUGACAACAAAUCUGAAACUUGGCAACUCUACAGAAAAAAAUGUUUGUUUCAAAGUGAAGACUACGGCUCCACGCAGGUAUUGUGUACGACCCAACAGUGGAAUUAUAGAUGCUGGAACGUCAAUUAAUGUCUCUGUGAUGCUACAACCUUUUGAUUAUGAUCCUAAUGAGAAAAGUAAACAUAAGUUCAUGGUCCAGUCGAUGUUUGCACCGCCUGAUACUUCAGACAUGGAAGCAGUAUGGAAAGAAGCAAAACCAGAAGAACUCAUGGAUUCUAAACUUAAAUGUGUGUUUGAGCUGCCAGCAGAAAAUGAUAAACCUCAUGAUAUAGAAAUAAAUAAAAUUAUAUCCCCAGUUGCAUUAAAGACAGAAUCUUCUGUAAUGUCAAAAUCAUUAAGUUCUUCAGAUGACAGUGAAUUGAAGAAAGUAAUGGACGAAUGUAAGAGACUGCAGUUAGAAGUUCAAAGGUUACGAGAGGAGAAUAAACAAUUUAAGGAAGAAGAUGGACUGAGGAUGAGGAAGGCACCCCAAUCAAACCAUCCAAGCUAUGCUUCCGCCACCGCUGUGAAGGAGGAGGGUCUCAGCACAAGACUACUUGCGCUGGUGGUUUUGUUCUUUAUUGUUGGCGUAAUUAUAGGGAAAAUCGCCUUGUAGAGGCAGCAUGCAGAGAGCUGUAAAUCAAAUUGAUGGAUUUGCCAUAUCAUUGGAUUAAAUUUAUUCGUAACAAAUGUUUUAAAAAAAAAGUGUAUGACAUCUCACAGGUCUUGCCUUUUAAAAUUUUUACCCCUGCACAAAAUAACAUUAGCAUAACAUAAUCUACUAGAACGUUUAAACUGUAUACAGAAUAAGCAGAAGAGAGAAGGAAUUAUCUUGAUUGUGAGACGAGAGGAAGGAAUCAUGUAUUUAACACUAUGAAAGUGCAUUUUUUAAAAAAAAAAAAAAGUACCUUAAGCAUUUCUUGGACUUUGAAAUCUAUUCCUAGAGUUCUCCCCUUUGGAGAAAUAAAUGCCCGUCCUUUGAAGGAGCUGAUCUGUUUUGUUCUUUAGAAGUUGGCUUAAGUUGCCAAGGUGGAUGGUUUUCUGUAAAAUAUACCUAACCCAUCCUGCCUCCUCCAUAAAUCUAAUGGUUCUGCCCAAUGGGUCUGGUCUGGUCUCCAAAUCUCAGCAGUGUAUCUCAUUAAUCAGGUGUUGAUUCCAUUAUGAACUAUAUAAGCAUGGCCGUCUUUCUCUAGCUCCUACGUCAUCCUGUGCAGUUGUGGUGGAGUAGAACAAAGAAAAGGAAGAGAGGACGACUCAGGACAGAUUCAUGGGCCAGGAAUGGAAUCGGGACUUCUGAAUUGACAACACUGCUGCACUUGGUUCCUGCCAGUCUGUGUAUAGCUUGGGCAUCACCAAAAGCUUUUGGAUGUUUUAACUAUGUCUGGGAGUGGGAAUCAGGAGAAAUGGAAAUGGAGGGGCUCAGUUGCACACUUACAGUUCUUUUUAGUAGUAGGGAAGGAAAUAAAAUAGUUUACUGUGGGUUUGAAAAUGUAGGGUACCCAAUUCCUGGUCUUCUUCAGACAAUAUGUUGCGCUAAAGUGCUCCAAGCUGAAUUGGGGGAGUGGCACUUAUUCAGACUGGCUUUGCAGUAAGAGGGAGCAUUAUAUGGGGCUAUUGCACUUAGAACCCCACCCUUCCUCUCUUGCAGUUAAUCUGAUCAGUUAAAUUCCUUUUGACCAUCUGUUUUCUGAUCCAGAUGUGAGUGUUAAUGGGGACCAUAUACUUCUGCCUUCUAAUCUCUCUUCUUUUUUUAAAUUUUGCAUCCUGUUUGUCCCAUCCUCCAGAGAUCCUUGCCUCUUCAGUAUUUGCAGCCAUAGCAAAUUUUCAUGGGCCUUAACCAUACACAACAUUAGGUGUGCGCAAGCCUUCCGUCCCUUUAAGUAAUUUGGCAUUUGUUUUCAUUGAUCCCGAUUUUGAAGCUCUUUCAAAUCAGUCUCCAUCCUGAACCCAAGAACAAUGGGCGAUCCUCUGGAGAUAACAAGGCUUGUUUUAUGCGUGCCCUUCACUAAUAUAACUUAGCUUUUGCUGCUUUCUUCUCAGCGGCCCAGAUAGAAAGUGAAACCAUAUGCAUCCUCUUCGUGCCUGUCAGCUGAUUCAGUAGCUGAAUUUUUAUUAGUGUGGCAUAUGGGGAGGCAGUGGUGCAACGGUGCUGAAAAAGCCAAGGAUCUGGGGACAAUUGCCUAUCGGUAGACUUCCUGAUUCCGGGCCACCUAACUGUUCUGUCUGUAGAAGGACAUGUUUGGACACACAGCAUUGGUAAGUCUUGUUUGGUGAAUUUACCAAGAAACCAUGAAAGGCUUAGAAGAAGCAGAUGUAAUCCCACCACUGCGAGGUUGAAAAUGCUGGGCAGUUAACUGCAUGUCAGAUUAUAUAGAAUAAGGAUCAAUGCCUUGUUCUUCUAAAAGGGGACCAAGCUACCAUUGCUGUUGGUUCAUGCCGCCAAGUUAAACUCUUAUAUCCCGAUGUGUAUGCAUAUUUAACUUAUUUAAUGUAUUUCAUCUCAUGUUUUCUUCAUUGUCAUGGAAAUUUGACUACUGCUAUAAACGGUUACAAAAAGAAAGAAAGAAAAAGGCACCUGUUCAGAGUUGAUGAAUGGGACUAAUUUUUCCUUUAUAUUGCUGUAGUGGUGAAGAAUUCUUCUGCCGCCCAACACUUAGGGCACCACAUAAUUCUCAGUUUUGAUCAUCUAAACAUUGGGGAAGACAGCGGUCAAAAAACUGUUUUUGUAUAUAAAAUAAGUCUAUGUAGGGGAAAAAAUUAGUAGGAAUUAGUUCUAUGCUGUUAAAAAAAAAAGACCAAUCCUGUUUGACUAUGUAGUAUCUUUAAAAAAUCAAAUAAAUCUACCCCAAAUUAAUA